GUAUUCCAUGGGUUGGUUCCAAAGAGAGAGCCGCCAGCAAAGUCAACGGUCCAGAGUCAACACAAAUAACAACUCACAAGUCCUCAAAAAACCGCCAUAUAUGAUUGAUUAGUCCAAAACUCCGUCUUCCUUCUAUGCCAAAACCAACCAUGUCUUGUCCAUCUCCUCCCUUUCCCCUUCUGUUCCUCCUCUUUUUACUGUUGAAUCAUCCACUCUUCUCGUCUGCCCAAAAAUCAACCAAAAUCCUAACAAUAUUCAAUUCCACACUUUCUCCUUGGACUCCAACCCAAAACCAAAUCCUCCUUUCUCCCAACUCCACUUUUGCUGCUGGUUUUCUACCAUCAAAUUCCACCAACUCCUAUGUUUUCUCCAUUUGGUAUUAUGAAAUACCCAACAAAACUAUAGUUUGGUCUGCUAACCCAAAUUCCCCUGUUAAUUCUUCUGCUUCCCUUUCCAUUUCCACCUCUGGUGAGCUCAAGUUAAGCCCCCAAACUAGAGUCUCCUCAGCUCCUAAUCUUUGGCCUAAGAGUAUUUUGGUUGUCAGAAAUACUUCAGCGCUGCUUUUUUUACAAGAAAGUGGAAAUUUGGUUUAUGGUAACUGGGGUAGUUUCUUGAAUCCAACUGACACAUAUCUGCCAAACCAGAACAUCAAUGGCACAAAUGCAACUUCCAGUAAUGGAAAAUUCCAGUUUCUCGGAUCCAGAACGCUUUUUUACAAUGGAAAUGACAGCUACUUCGCUUUUCAAAAUUCUCUUCAGCGCUUAGAGGAUACGGGAUUAGUGACUCAAUCUAGUGGAAAUCCCUUCUACUCAUCGGAUUUCGGUGACCUGAAACUGAGAAGGUUGAAGCUUGAAGAUGAUGGGAAUCUCCAAGUCUACAGCUUUGAUCCUGUUUUAAAACAAUGGACUGUUGUUUGGCAAGCAAUUUAUCAGCUAUGUACAAUCCAUGGUACGUGUGGUACAAACUCUAUAUGCAUGUAUGAUGCUUCUACUACUAAGACUUCUUGUGUCUGUCCUCCGGGGUUUAAGAAGAUCUCUGGAGAAUCUUGUGAAAGGAAAGUCCCACUUUUGAGCAAGACCAAGUUUUUGCCUUUAGAUUAUGUCAAUUUUACUGGUGGGGUUGACCUUAAGGUUUUGAACUUCUCUAGUUGCCAAAAACAGUGUCUUGAUACGGAAAAUUGCUUAGGUUUUAUGUUCAAGUAUGAUGGGACUGGCUAUUGUGUGCUUCAAUUGGAUAAGCUGUUGUAUGGAUUUUGGUCGCCAGGGAAUGAAGUUGUUACGUAUUUGAGGGUUGAUAAUGAAGAAAAAGAUGUUUCAAAUUUCACUGGUAUGACUAGUUUGAUGGAGACUUCAUGUCCAGUGAGCAUUAGCCUUCCAUUUCCACCAGAGGAGUCUAAGGCAACCACUAGGAAUAUUGUGAUCAUCUCAACUAUCUUUGCAGCUGAGUUGAUUAGUGGGGUAUUCUUCUUUUGGGCAUUCCUCAAGAAGUAUAUUAAGUACAGGGAUAUGGCUAGGACUUUUGGUCUUGAAGUCAUGCCUGCAAUUGGACCAAAAAGGUUUAGUUUUUCUGAGAUCAAGACUGCAACCAACAAUUUCAUUGAUAAGAUUGGGAAAGGUGGGUUUGGAGAUGUUUAUAAAGGGAAGUUGAACGAUGGCCGGGUUGUGGCAGUGAAGUGCUUGAAGAAUGUCACGGGCGGUGAUGCUGAGUUCUGGGCUGAGGUCACGAUCAUUGCCCGAAUGCACCAUUUGAAUUUGGUAAGGUUAUGGGGUUUCUGUGCUGAAAAGGGUAAAAGGAUACUUGUGUAUGAGUAUGUACCUAAUGGUUCAUUGGAUGAAUUCCUGUUCCAAAAGGCUGCUCGGAUUGGAUCGCCAGAUAGACCUCAGAAACCGAUACUUGAUUGGAAUAUCAGGUAUAGGAUAGCACUUGGCAUGGCACGAGCAAUUGCCUAUCUACAUGAAGAGUGUUUGGAAUGGGUAUUACAUUGUGAUAUCAAACCUGAAAAUAUUCUCUUAGGUGACGAUUUCUGCCCUAAGGUGUCUGAUUUUGGGCUAGCGAAGCUAAAGAAGAAAGAGGAGGUGAUGACCAUGUCAAGAUUUCGAGGCACACCAGGAUAUGUGGCACCAGAAUGGACCAAGGCUGAUCCAAUCACUCCGAAAGCAGAUGUGUACAGCUUUGGAUUGGUGCUGUUGGAAAUAGUUUCGGGUUCACGGAAUUUUGAGCAUUAUGACUCAAAGGUGGAUAGCGAUCAGUAUUAUUUCCCUGCUUGGGCAUUUGAUAAGGUGUUUAAGGAAAUGAACAUUGAUGAUAUUUUGGACCCUCGAAUCAAACAAUCAUAUGAUUCAAGGGCACACUUUGACAUGGUAAAUCGGAUGGUGAAGACAGCACUGUGGUGCAUCCAAGAUCGGCCAGAUGCCCGGCCAUCAAUGGGGAAAGUGGCCAAGAUGUUGGAAGGAACAGUGGAGAUCAUUGAGCCAAAGAAACCUACCAUUUUCUUCUUAGGCGAGGAACAAUAGUUUAAUCAGUCCUAUAUGAAUCCCUUAAAAUGCAGUUUCAAGAAGUUGCAGUGAGCAUGUAUUGCAGCAUCAGCAAUAAGAAGUAGACAGGAUCAUAUUUUCCAAAUAAACCACAAUCAAGAUAAAUGCCCUUUAAAGGUGUUAAAGAAAUGUAAAAUAUAUUGUUAAUUCUGUUACUGUGUGAAUGCUUUAAAUGUAUGUUGUUGUUAAUCCUUUAA